CUCGAGCGCUUCAAGACCGCGCCGUCGGUCAACGUGCUCCUGGCGACGGUCGCGACGGCGGGCGUCGGGCUCAACAUCGUCGAGGCGAACAACGUGCUGUUCCUCGAUCGCUGGUGGAAUCCCACGGUCCACGACCAGGCGAUGGACCGGACGCACCGCCUCGGCCAGACGCGGCCCGUCGACGUCCGCUUCCUCGACGGCGUCGACACCGUCGACGAGGUCAUGCGCGCGAUCAACAAAUUCAAGUCGGACAACGCCCAGGUGAUCCUCGCGUCC